CGGAGCACAGGCCAAGCGAUCGACCUGAGUCACGCUCCUCUCGCCAGCCACUUUCCUGCCGGAGUCAGGACAGUUACUAGUAGGACGAGCGAAGCACGGGGAGUGACCACCAGCAGAGCAGUUCACAGACAGCAAGCAAGCGCGGGGAUCGAUCGAUCGGAGCGGCGGCGAUGGACGACGACUUCGGCUGCGUGAUCGGCGUCGCGGGGAGGGGGGAAUUCGCGGUGGUGGCGUCGGGAACCCCCAUCGUGCACCUCGACUCCCACAGGCUUCUCGCCAUCUCCGGCAACCAGCAGAACCGCGCAAGGUUCGCGAGGACGAUGUGCCGCAGGUGGAAGGGGCUGACCGGGGUGCCGUACCCCGACACCGCCACGGUCGCCGACCUCGCGCGCGAGCUGCUCGACCGCGGCCACUCCGUCGAGGCCCUGGUCGUGGGCUACAACCAGGCCCAGCCCCACGCGGCGGUGAGCUGCGUCGGCCCCGCGCUCCCGCGCGGCCAGUUCCUGUUCGGGGCCGCGGGCCGGGGAGCGGAGGCCUGCAGGGCGGUGCUGCGCCGGGGCUACCGCGACACCAUGUCGUCCAGCGACGUGAUCGAGCUCGUGGAGAGCUGCAUCGCGGAGAUCCGCCGGCUCGGGGUUCCCGGGGCUGCCGGCGAGUUUGCGGUCCAGUAUGUCGACAGAUGGGGAGCGGCGCCCGUGGGAAGGGAGGUCAGGGAGACAAUGGCUAUCUAUCGACAGAUGGCACUCGAAGUGUUAAAAUCACAUGGGUGCUAAAUCUGAGAGAGAGUGUCUCUUCUAUGGGAGUAAUGAACCAAUAACAUUAGCCGAUCUUUCAAUCUUGAUUGGAGGAGCACUAAGGCAAGUAUUUUAACUAGGAUAACUCUUCAACUUAUUGAAGUGAUAUUGUGCAAAAGCAAAGCAUAGCUUCAUAUUAUCCUAUUUUUGUGAAUGUCAACAUUGAAAUUAAAUUUUGAUAAAGUGGGAUUGUUGUGUGAGCAACCUAACUAUAGAUUUGUUGAAUUUGAGGGUUUCAAAAGUCACAGACUUCCUACAAAAUACUUAUGUAUACCUUAAGAUGAGAAAGUUAUUAUACUUAUGUAAUGGAUGGCUGCAAGGAAAAGGUAGAAAGUAGAUUAGGUAUUAGCCCCCCAUGCAAAAAAUAUUAGGUGUUAGGAAAGGGAAGACACUAUCCAUUGGUGGCGGAACAGUUGAAUUAAUUCCUCCCUUUAUAAUGUCCCUUUGAAGGUGCUCCCUUUUUACAAGAUACCUCAUGGUGCCAGGAAAAAAAUCAUUACGUACAAGGUUGCAUUUAUGUGGAGAGCUGACAUGUUGAAAAUGAAAUAUUAAAUCGGCCCAUGGUCUAUCUGCCCAAGGACUAAGGAGGGUUGGCAUUUUAGAUUUGGACAUAAUGAAUAUGGCUUUAUUUUCUAAGUAGCUUUAGAAAUGGUUCAACAGAGGUGGUAUGUGACAACAAUUCCUUACUACAAAAUACCUCACACAUUAGACUCUAGGAUAGUGAAAAUGGGAGUGGGAAACACACAAUUUUGUUAGGAGCUAUGGUGUUGGGCCAGAGUUGGGAAUACUGUCAAACUUGAUUCUAGGAAGAUCAAUGGUUCUCUAAGGAUAACUUUUACACUAGCUUCCAUUCUAUUAAUGUUUUAAAAGUUAUUACAUGUGAUUUUAAAUCUCUCAAUUUUUGGAGAGCAGUAGUAGAAGUUAAAAUAGAAUAAUGGUUAUACUUAUGGACCGUCUGUAAAAAAAUGCUUCUCCAAAUUGACAUCCACACAAAUUUGUCUGAUUGCUAAGUUCAGGAAACUUUAGUGUUUUGUUGUAGGAGGUGGUAAAUCUGAGAGGAAAUGCAUCUUGUAAUGAACCAAUAACCACCUGCCAUUUUCCUCCCCCCACCAAUACACAACACACAUAUGGAUAUCAUUAGCUGCUCUUUGAAUCUCGAUUGGAAGAGCACUUAGGCAAGGAUUGCUAACUAGGCUAAUUCUUCCAUUGAUUGACGUGAUAUUGGGAAAGACAAAACUCUCAACUUCCUAUUGUGCCUAUUUUAAUAAUCUCAACAUUGAACAUAAUGUACAUUAAGGGGAAUUUACUGUGUCAUGUGACCAACUUUAGAUUUAUUGAAUUUGAGAAUAUUCAGAAUGGGCAAACUUCCUAUGAGAAAAUGGUUAUACUUAACUAUUGUAGAGCUGUGAGGAAAAUGUGGUAAGUAGAUUAGGUUCUUGGCAAGGAAAGAAAAUGUCCAUUGGUGGUACAAAAUCUUCAAUUAAUUCCUCCCUUCCUAGUGUCACUUUGAAUGUGAUAUCUGUUUACAAGAUAUCUAAGGGUCUCAAGACGAAAGACUGAUAUAUACAACGCUAGAUUUCUAUGGAAUCGUGACAAGUUGAAAAGGAAAUAUCACUUGGUUAAUUAGCCUAUGUUUUGUCUGCCCGAGGACCAAGGAGGGUUGGGCAUUUUACAUCUGGACAUUCCUUUACUUUCUAAGUAGCUGUAGAAACUUUCUAAUUUAGAUGGCAUGUGCCAACAUUUCCAUACUAAGAAAUACCUCACACAUCAUACCCUGGGACAAGUGAAAGUCAAAAUGGAAAAUUCACACUUUUGGCACAAGUGUAUGGAGGCUAAAUCCUGGAUUAGGGUUGUUGGAUGGUCAAAGUUGGGAUUGUGGCAAGACUAGAUUCUGGGAAGAUCAAUAGUUAAUGAUUCUUUGGUCAUAGUUUUUCCACUAUAUUUCCUAGACUACAUAUAAUCUCCCUUGACUUCAUAUCACUAUUGAAAAAAAAUAUCUUAUGGUUCUAACUUCUAUAGAUUUCAAUGUGCUGGUAGGUAUUAAAAGAGUACAAUGGUUAGGCUCAAUGACUGUGUAUGAAAAUGUUUCUCUAGAUGGAGAGUCUGGAAUAUUAGUUUGGAUGCUCUUCGAUGUUGUCAGGUUCAGGAAACUUUAGUGUGACAUAUUUCUAUUAUGGCAUGGGAAAACAUUGGGUGAUGCCUUACAAUUUUUUGUGGAGAGUAAAAAAAUCCUCUGUGUAUCAAACUUUCCCAUGGCUGAUGCUUAAAAGAUCAUAUUGAGUAGAGAUGUUUUUUACACGAUGGUACUAAAUCUUAGAUAAUAUGCCAUAUAUGUUGGAGCAGUAAACCAAUAAACCACAUAUUGUGUUCCUAUCUACCGAACAUAUAUGUAUGGGAUAUCAUCAACAGAGGUUCGCAUGCAAUGAUGAAUGCAUUAAUAGACAUGCUAGUGGUUAGAAUAGCAAUUAUGUUUUGGAUUACUCAGAAGGUUAAGUAUAUUACAUGUAAUACAAAAAAUGUCUAAUCAAGCCAAUGAAUUAAUGUUUUGUUGAAUAUUUUCUUUUGGAUUGAUUGGUG